CCCGGACACAUUGAACAUUGUUAUCAGAAAGCUGUCGACCUAGUGCAUGACAUGGCUGAAGGUGAAGACAUAUUUCUCAGAGCAAAACAUCGGACUUUCAGCGGACUCACUGAAGAUGCAGAACGUGAAUGGAAAGGACCAUUUUAUUUCAUUCAAGCUGCAGACCCCCAGCUGGGCCUGAUGAAGGCCUGGAGGGAAGGGGACUGUGAUGGAGGAGGAGACGAAUGGGCUGAGGAAGUUGAGCUUACAAAACAGGCUGUGGAGGCCGUUAACGAGCUGAGACCUCGGCCGAGGUUCAUGAUUCUGUGUGGUGAUUUGGUCCAUGCCAUGCCAGGCACACCGUUCAAAGAAGAUCAGGAGCAAGACCUGAAGGCUGCUUUGAGGGGAACAGAUUCAUCCAUCCCACUUAUGUUUGUCAGUGGGAACCAUGACCUGGGAAACACUCCCACUCCCAGCACUGUGGAGCAGUACCGCAGUGCCUGGGGUGAUGACUAUUUUAGCUUCUGGGUGGGUGGAGUUCUCUGCCUGGUUCUGAACUCCCAGCUGUUCUACGACGCCUCGGCCUGCCCUGAGCUGAAGGAGGCUCAGGAGAUUUGGCUGGAUGCUCAGCUGAGCAAGGCCUCCUCCUCUUCAARGGAACCCAAACCCAAACAUCUUUUGGUAUUUCAGCACAUUCCUCUUUUCCUAAGGAACCCAGAUGAAGAAGAUGACUACUUCAACAUGAAGAAGGAAGUUAGGCAAAAACUACUGCACAAAUUCAAGAGUGCAGGUGUGAAAGCGGUCUUUGCUGGACAUUAUCACCGAAAUGCAGGCGGCUGUCAUGGUGGUCUGGACAUGGUCAUAAGUUCAGCCAUCGGCUGCCAGCUCGGUGAGGACACCCACGGUGUUAGGGUGGUGGUAGUGACUGAAGACAGCGUCGUUCAUCGUUACCACAGCCUGGAGCAGCUGAAAAUACAAGGCAUGGACAAAGAACUCAGGAGACUUCUGCAGGUCUGAGGGCCGGUUCAUCUAAUGCUUGGACUGUCCUUAAAGAAAUGGAUUUUUUAAUGGAUUUUAAUUGUAUUUUUUUUUUGUUUUGUUUUUGAACCUGUAUUUUUAAAAGUUUCCUGAAUGUGUGACUACUUUUUGUAUAUUGUAAAUGUCUAAAAUGUAACGAGCUAAAAGUGGAUACUUGUAACCUUCCAGAGGCAGAACUUUGUCUCAGGUGGACCAGCAAGCCAAGUUUAAAGUAGCUAGUACUGUACAUCUGAGCAGAAGUUAGACAAAAACAAUCAUUUUAAACCACAAGAAAGGAAACUCYUUAAAAAAUUCAGAUUUAAUACUGUUUGAUUAAACACAACACUAAAGGACUAAUCUGAAAACUGCRAAGAUGAAAAGUAGUUUGGAGUAAUUAUAAGACAGUAGCAAAGUUAUGUAACAAAAAUAUAAAAUGUUGAAAUUUCCUUUAAAUGAUAUUUGACACAUCUGUAAAUGUUUCAUUGCCACAGUUUGAUGCUUUGUUGACUAAUCUAUGCAAGUUUUGUCACAUUAUCCUGUUAAAUUUUAUGUUUAACUUUUUAACACUGCUCUUGCACACAAAAUAAUCAGAGUAUAGUUUAUAUUUUCCUGAACAGUAUGAGUGAAACCUUUGAAUUGAUACUGAAGCUGUAACACUGGAUAAUGUGCUGCAUUAAUAAAUGUGCUUUCUAAGGAUUUAUAGACCUCACAGCUAACAAAGAAAUGUGUAAAAAAUUACAUGUGAACAUUACAAACAAAAUUAAAUGAUGUCUUGUUUAAACCCUGU